UGCCUCAUUCAAAGUGAGGGUUCUGACACUUCUAAAGGUUCUAUGCUUUUUAGGCAAAUCCCAUCUCUGCUUCAGUUUCCUCCUCUAAGUUAAUGAGGGUUGGACUAGAAGAAUUCUAGAGGCCCAUUCAGCUCUAAAUCAAGUGACUUUUGAUGAUUUAGGAGUUGGUGACAUCAAGGAUGUGAUGGUGGACUUCACUGAGGAGGAGUGGGGGCUCUUGGACCCUUCUCAGAAGGAGCUGUACAAGGAGGUCACAUUGGAGAAUGUCCAGAAUCUGCUGUCCCUGGAUGUAGAAACUGGGUUCACAGUAAAUGAGAUGAAUAAAAACCUGGGAAUUUUUUUGGAAGAACACGACCUGCAAAGAUUCAUGGAUGAUGGUCCCUGUGACUUCAAUUUGAAGGAAAUGAAUGAUUUUAUUCUCAAAAUAGAUAGAUAUCCAAAGAGUGAUUUUGAAUUUUAUGAAAUUGGAAAGAGAUUCAGAUGGACUUCUAUCCUAAAUCACUGUAAGAAAAUGACCUCAGGAAAUGAUUAUCUUCAAGAUAGGGAAAACAAGAAAUGCUUCACUGAAGAAGUAGAGACAUUGGUUCCAGGUAAUCAAUGGGAUAUAGCUGUGAAAUGGAAUUCAGACCUCAGUGGCCAUCAGAAAAGUGAUACUGAAGAAAUGCAUUCCAAAAUAAUUAAUAAAAGUGAGAAGGCUAUCAGUCAGAAAUCUAAUCUCAUUACUCAUCAGCAAAUUCAUAUUAAAAAAGAACCUGAUGAACAUAAUGUACGUGAAGCAACCUCAUCCUAUCACUCAUCUCUUCCUUACCUUCCUGGAAUUAAAAAAUCUGGAUAUGAUCAGUGUGGGAAAGCCUUUGUUUGGAAUCCAGCUCUUACUAGCCCUCAGAAGGCUCAUCCUGGAGAGGUGUCUCAUGAAUGUACUGAAUGUGGGAGAGCUUUCCAUUAUGAAUCAUUCCUAAUUGACCAUCAGAGAAUCCACACUAGAGGAAAACCUUAUUUAUGUCUUCACUGUGGAAAGCCUUUCAUAUGCAAUCAGUGUGGAAAAACUUGUACAGAUAUCUCCUGUCUAGCAAAACAUAAGGAAACCGACACUGGAGAGAAGGCUUAUGAAUGUAAUCAGUGUGGAAAGACUUUUAGAUCGAGUUCCCAUCUUGCUAGACAUCAAAGAAUCCACACUGGAGAGAAACCUUUUAAAUGCAAUCAAUGUGGAAAGACUUUCAGAUAUAAUUACAAGCUUGCAGAACAUCAGAGAAUUCACACAGGAGAAAAACCUUUUAAAUGUAAUCAGUGUGGAAAGGAUUUCACACGCAGUGACAGUCUUGUUGCCCAUCAGAGAAUCCAUACAGGAGAGAAACUUUUUAAAUGUAAUCAAUGUGGAAAUGCUUUUACCAAGAGGAAAGUUCUUGCUGAACAUCAGAGAAUCCACACUGGAGAGAACCCUUUUAAAUGUAAUCACUGUGGAAAGGCUUUUAGGUGCAGCUCAAGUCUUGCUAGACAUCAGAGAAUCCAUACUGGAGAGAAGCCUUUUAAAUGUAAUCAGUGUGGAAAGGAUUUCACACAGAGUGCCCAUCUUGCUUUACAUCGGAGAAUCCACACUGGAGAGAAACCUUUUAAAUGUAAUCAAUGUGGAAAGGCUUUCACACAGAGUGCCCAUCUUAGUUUACAUCAGAGAAAUCACACUGGAGAGAAACCUUUUAAAUGUAAUCAAUGUGGAAAGGCUUUCACUCAGAGUGCCCAUCUUGCCUUGCAUUGGAAAAUCCACACUGGAGAGAAACCUUUUAAAUGUAAUAAUUGUGGAAAGGCUUUCACUCAGAGUUCCAUUCUUGCAGAACACCAGAGAAUCCACACUGGAGAGAAACCUUAUAAAUGUAAUCAAUGUGGAAAAGCUUUCACUCAGAGUUCCAUUCUUGCUUUACAUCAGAGAAUCCACACUGGAGAAAAACCUUUUCAGUGUACUCAGUGUGGAAAGGCUUUCAGAUUCUCCUCAGUCUUGCUGCACAUCAGAGAAUCCAUACUGGAGAGAAACCUUUUAAAUGUAGUCAGUGUGGAAAGGCUUUCACACGUAGUGACAGUCUUGCUGAACAUCAGAGAAUCCACACUGGAGAGAAACCUUUUAAAUGUCAUCAAUGUGGUAAGGCUUUUAGAUCUAGCUCCCAUCUUGCUAAACAUCAGAGAAUCCACACUAGAGAGAAAUCUUUUAAAAUGUAAUCAAUGUGGAAAGAGUUUUAGAUGAAGCGUCCAUCUUGUCAGACAUCUGAGAAUCCACAUGGGAGUGAAUCCUUUGUGUGUAUGUGUGUGUGUGUGUGUGUGUAUGUGUGAGAUUAUUGGGGUUUUUUUCUAUUUUGGGUAGGAGAGGAUAGCAGUGGAAGUGUACUUGUCAUAGGAUUGUCCUGUCCCUGAUCCUCUAAUCUAAAACAAUAAAGAAGGCAUUAUUACAGCAGUGAUUCAUGCAGUAGAACAGAAGGACUGAGAAAGCUUUGAAAAAUGUUUUAUUGAGUUCAUUACUACUCAAAAAAGAAAUUCAAGCUGUCUAGAUUUGUUUUUUCAGAUAUUUUUCUGUUUUUUGUACAUUUUAAAUUUUUAUUUUAUUUUAUUUGUAUGAAUUUGAAAAUUAAAAAAAAAAUCAGA